AUGAGUUCAACAGCAUCCAAUGAUGGAUUAUUUCCUCGUGGACCUCUGCUUUUAGAAAAUCUGGUCACUCCUUAUUGUGAAAAACUUGGGCUUUAUAAAUUACCCAGACAUAUUCACGUAAUCAUUCUUAGUGCUUUGUUUUAUCAACUUAUAAACCUUCUUUCUCCUUGGAUCUCCAAUCAGUUUAGCAGACAUUACAAACAAUUGUCCAGACGCUCCAAGCUAAACUGGGAUUCUCACGUCGUUAGCUCUGUACAGAGUGUGCUUCUCAUUUCUUUAGGUUAUCCCAUCCUAAGGGAAGUGAAUCGUUUCAGUGAUAAGCUCUUUGGAUAUUCUGUCUAUGCCGGUGAUAUAUAUGCCUUGGCUGACGGUUACUUUCUCUGGGAUUUGUAUAUUACCAUUCGUUAUCUUAAUGUCACCGGCUUUGGAUUCGUCGUUCAUGCGGUUGCGGCUUUGUUCGUGGUCACAUUUAGUUAUUCCCCUUACCUCAUGUAUUAUGGUCCAACUUACUUGUCGUGGGAAUUAAGUACCCCGUUUUUAAACAUUCAUUAUUUCUUGGAUAAGACCAACAAAACAGGAUCCAAACUCCAAAUCUUCAACGGCGUCCUUCUUAUCCUCACCUUUAUAUGCGUUCGUAUCGUUUGGGGUUGGUACUCUGCAUAUAGCACAUCAAUGGAAAUCAUUCGCCGUGUUACUGAAAUUCCUCGUGGCCUGAGCUUGUUUUACUUAGCUGCAAACAUGUCUUUGAAUUGUUUAAAUCUUUUCUGGGUUUUCAAGAUGAUGGAUGCUAUUCGUCGUCGUGCGCAUGGUGAGAAAGUGAGCCCUGUUCAAACUGCCAACUCUGAAGUUGCAAAAAAGAACCUUUAA